CACCACCUGAGGAAUGUCCAAUCUUCAAGGAGGCCCCCCCACGUUUGCAAAAAUUCAGUCAGACCUCUUAUUUUUUCUGACACACAUCAGUCUCCCACCUCAGUCAACGGUUAAAACUGGUCAGAGACACUUUUUGCCAACAUCAGCAAAAAAAUAAAUUUUAAUACCCAAAUUGUCCCUCAACGGUUAUGUUUGACUACUUACUAUCCAUCUAACCAAACACUCCCCUCAAAACACUCACUCUCUCUCUCUCUCUCUGUCUGCAAACCCAUUUCUCUCUCUAAACUUUGUCUCUCGGCAAACCCAUUUUCUUGGUCUAAGAUUCUUUCUAAUGGCUAAGGUGGCUCGAUCGGUUUUCUGCGAGCUCGCGUCUCAAAAACCAGCGUUUCCUGUUCUGGUUCAGAGGGUGAAGACCUCCGAUGUGUCGUCGGCGUCAUCGACGGGGACGGAUAAGGUGAAAAUCGUGCUACAACCUCGUCUAUGCACGCUCAGAUUGUACGGUUCUGAUCAGGUCAGGGUGAUGAUGAAGCCGCGGAGGGACGGUGGUGAUGUUGUUGAUGAUAAGGGCGGUAAUGGGGUGUCGUCGUCACCGUUCUUUGCGACUCUGUCGGAGUACAUAGAGAGCUCCAAGAAGAGCCAGGACUUUGAGAUCAUCUCCGAUCGUCUUGCCAUGGUGACAUAGAUUGAAUAACUCGGUGAGGAACUAUGAGGAUGUUGCGAUUGCGGCGGUGAUGAGGUCGGUGAGGAACAGCGGUAAAGAGGCUGACGACCAAGUCACUGAAAUGAUGGGCUACUAUCCAACGAGCACAAUAGAUGACGGCGGUAAAGUGAAGAUUCAGUAGAUGGAUUAUGGUGAGACAAAAGUGAAAGGAGAGAGAACAGAGAUUGUGGGAGAGAAAUAUGCAAAUUCAGAUGUUAGAGAGAGACUUACCAGAAUGAAAAGUAAUGCAGAAUACAAUAAAAUUGAAAUAGAAGCAAUAGAAGCUAAUACAGAGAAGUAAAAAGACAGUUCUUAAGGUAACUAAAGAAGAUAUUUGAAGACAUACCUCUG